AAAUCGAUGAGACCGAGGCCGGGCCGGCCGAAACCAGGUAGGCCUAGGUCCACGAUGUUCACAUCAUAUCAUCAUCGUCAACCAUCAUCAUCUGCAGACUGUACGGAGGCCGGACUCCGGAGGGUACCCACGAUAUGUAUGAUGUAGAUCACUCGGGCCAAAAGUAGUAGUAGGGUCCUAGACCUAAUAUCUAUGCCUAUUCUGACGAAAGAUGAUCAAGUUUGUAUUGAUGAUUUCCAAGUCCAACCGCACAUGUUUUUCUCGUUACUUCGAAGACAGGGAAUUGAAAGAGAGAGUUAUACUCGAAUCAGACCUGAUCAGAACAAUCUUGGCAAGAAAAACCAAAGGUUGUUCUUUCUUUGAUUACCAUGACCUGAAGAUCAUUUUCCGUCAAUUUGCAUCAGUUUUCAUCGUCUGUGGUGUGGACGAGGAGGAGAAUGAAAUUGGCAUAUUAGAAUUCAUUCAAUUAUUUGUAGAAAUAUUGGACAGCUAUUUUCCAAAAGUGUCUGACUUUGAUAUCAUGUUGAACCUGGAGAAGGUGCACAUAAUACUGGAAGAGAUGCUGAGUAAUGGACACAUUACAGAGACGAGGAAGGGACACAUUCUAUCCCAGCUAGGUCUUAUGGAUUCUAACAGAUGAUCAUGAACAUCUUGUAUAAUCUCACAACAGGCAAGGAUGAGCUGUUUGAGCUACAUCUCAUGGAGCUAAACACAUUUAAUCCAGGGGACCAUUUCAUGAACUGUUUUUUGUUAUUGUUCAGUACCCAAUCUAUGUGCUUCUCAGCCAAUCCAAACCAAAGAAAGACCUGAUAAUGAUGGUCCAGUCCCUAAGUGGAAAGGUGGAUUGGAUUUACCAGAUACCUUUGGUAAUGGAGCUAACCUUUAUCAAAUAAGGACAAGUUGUCUUAGCUACAUCGUCCUUUUCACUGGUUCCCUGGCUACUGGGCUGCAUACUGUGUGGUAAAUUUGUCUUGCGUCACCUCAGAUUUUUGCCCUUGGCAUUUGUUUUAAUGCUACUAAAUAUCCCUGCAACAGAUCUUGUAAUUUUGAAAAUUAUUUACCAAUUCACAGUUAUUUUCUUUCUGGGAUAUUGGUUUACAUUAACAAAAUACCAGCUGUUUUUUCUGUUUGUGCCAGUGUAGGUGUCAUUGCAUCUAUGAACUGUUGCUGUCCAUCACACUUUCUUCAACCAUCUCCUAAUCUGUUUGCUUACAUGAUGCACAUGUAUUUAUACUCUUACUAACUAGUAUCUCUACAUUUUAUACUGUUUCACAGGUGAUCUAUGUGUUAAAAAGCUGUGCUUUUAAUUGAUCACCUAAAUUCUGCCUUUAAUUAGUGUUAAUGCAUUGUUAAUUUAAUGAUGACAUUUUUGUUGUGGAAUUGAAUAAAAUAAACAUUAAUUUUCCUUUGAAACAUUGAAAGUUUUGAAUUUUAAAUUGUACCAUUAGCUUAUCGGAAGGCUUUACCCUAAAACUGCCAGGGGGGUUGUUAAUCACCCCCCCUCGACAUUUUCCGCAACCAUUCCGCUGUGCAAAACUUUUAAAUCGCACCACUCGCUGACUUUAUUUUUAAAUGUUGCGCAUCUUUUGAGAUGCGGUUUGAAAAUAACGCAACAUUAUCUAAGUGCGUGCCAGACCCAAAAUUGCUCUAAAAAUGAUUUUUUUACAAAGUCAAUGUAAAAUGAGUUUUCUCAUAUUCUUAAAAGAUAUUUUUACUUUUAUCAACUGAUAGUAAUUGAUUUUAGCUUAAUCAUGCUUUAAAAAGACUGCAAGAAAUUUGGCUAAAAAAAAAGAAAUACUAGAAAUUCAUUAAACAAUGAAA